GGCUCCACCUCCUUUGGCGCUUCCAUUUUUGAUUAUCGAGUUCAGAUCAGUGGCGCAACAGGUGUACAUCUCUUGAUCUGUGCUGAGUUGGUUCUAAAAGAUUUAAGUAAUAACUAAUAAGAGUAUUUACUUCAUUCAUUUAUGGCUACCUCAAAUGAUCGAGCCAUAUUGAAUAGCAUUAUCAACCCACUCUUGGCUAACGACGAAUUUAAAGCGCUUGAUGAUGCAAGAGAAGAUAUUGAUGAAAUAGAUAACUCUGAAAAUGAAAAAAGUGCAAAAGAGUUUGAAAAACAAGGAGUUAUCUUUGCUGAGUCUGGAAAAAUGGAUGAAGCAUUGAAAAUGUUCAACAAUGCAAUUGAUUCAUCACCAAUGUGGGCUUCAGCAUAUAAUAAUAGAGCUCAAGCAUUACGGCUUCUCAAAAGAAAUGAAGAAGCUAUGGAAGAUCUAAAUAAAGCCAUAGAACUUAGCCAAGGGAGAGGAAAAGCUGCUUGCCAGGCUUACUGCCAGAGGGCAAUGCUCUAUCACUAUGCAGGCAAUGAAGAACUUGCCUUCACAGACUGGGAAUCUGCAAGUAAUUUGGGGAGCCAGUUUGCUAAGAAUCAGCUAAUUCAAAAAAACCCUUAUGCUGCAUUGUGCAACAAAAUGCUUCACGAUGUUUUUAAGAAUUUAAAGGAAGGUAGCCCCGUUAAGUAGAGUACAUGUAGAUAAGUGUAUACAGCUCAAGCAUCUAAACUUCAAACCAAUAAUUCCGUCCAUCACAAAUCUCGGUCUAGGCGAUGAAGAGAAUAUGGUAACGUGUAUUCGAUUUAUAGUUGGUAAGCGGUGUACCUUGAUAUUAUUAUGUAUUCUUUUAUAUUUCUGAUGUUGAAAAUAUGAAUAAACGUUUAAACGGAA